UCCCUUUCUCUCACACAAACGUUACCAUACAUUUCUUUUCCUCAAGUUCUUAAAGCUCACUCUUUUCUGUCCGUCCGAUCAAAUCUAGAAAAAAAAAAGAUGCAGAUCUUCGUUAAAACUCUGACCGGCAAGACUAUAACCCUUGAGGUGGAGAGCAGCGACACCAUCGACAACGUCAAAGCCAAGAUUCAAGACAAGGAGGGCAUCCCACCGGAUCAACAACGUUUGAUCUUCGCCGGGAAACAGCUCGAAGAUGGUCGAACUUUGGCCGAUUACAAUAUUCAGAAAGAGAGCACCCUCCACCUUGUCCUCCGUCUCCGUGGAGGUAUGCAGAUAUUUGUUAAGACCUUGACAGGGAAGACCAUUACCCUUGAGGUGGAGAGCAGCGACACCAUCGACAACGUCAAGGCCAAGAUUCAAGACAAGGAGGGCAUCCCACCGGAUCAACAACGUUUGAUCUUCGCCGGAAAACAGCUCGAAGAUGGUCGGACUUUGGCCGAUUAUAAUAUACAGAAGGAGAGCACCCUCCACCUUGUCCUCCGUCUUCGUGGAGGUAUGCAGAUAUUUGUCAAGACCUUGACAGGGAAGACCAUUACUCUAGAGGUGGAGAGCAGCGACACCAUCGACAACGUCAAGGCCAAGAUUCAAGACAAGGAGGGCAUCCCACCUGAUCAACAACGCUUGAUCUUUGCCGGAAAGCAGCUCGAAGAUGGCCGGACUCUGGCUGACUACAAUAUCCAAAAAGAGUCUACCCUUCACCUUGUACUCCGUCUCCGAGGGGGUAUGCAGAUUUUUGUGAAGACCUUGACAGGGAAGACGAUUACACUGGAGGUGGAGAGCAGCGACACCAUCGACAACGUCAAGGCAAAAAUCCAGGACAAGGAGGGCAUCCCACCGGAUCAACAGCGUCUGAUCUUUGCCGGGAAGCAGUUGGAGGAUGGAAGAACCUUGGCGGAUUAUAAUAUCCAGAAAGAGUCUACCCUUCACCUUGUCUUGCGUCUCCGCGGUGGCUUCUGAAGGCUUUCUUGCUCGGUUUCUGGUUUCCAAAAUGUUGUGUGUGGUUAAGCCCAUGUGAGGCCCUAUGGAUGUUGAUUUUACCAUCAUCAAAUAAAGAUUAAGAUAUUAUGCUGUGUGGCUAAUAAAAUCCAAAA